AUGCUGCUGCAGCUUCUGCCGGGGCGGGGUCAGUUCGCCUCCUUGUCAGCCCUUCUCGCGUCUCUCGAGCGCAGCAGCAGCUUCAUCCCCCCCUUAGUGCUGUUUCCAGAGGGCCAGAAGAGCAACGGCAGCUGCUUGCUGCAGUGGGACGCCAAGGGUCUAGACCCUGCAGCUUUUGCCAGACUGAAGGGCAGAGUGGCGUUGCUGGGGUGCAUGUACACCCAACAUCAAGGCAAAGGGCAGGCAGCAGCCGCACCCCGGAAGGGAUGGAGACGACCGACUUACACUGCGCCUCAUACGGUUAACAGCCCUCUACGGCACUUGCUGUUACUGCUAUUCCAGCCUAGGCAGCGCCUGCGCUGCAUUUGGGUUCCACCCGAGGACGUGUUGACCUCACAACAGCAGCAGCAACGGCAACAGCAGCAGCUGCUGCAAAAGCAGCAACAACAGCUGCUACUUCCGCAGGAGUCAUUACUCCUGCAGGAGCAGCACCACGGAGACUUGGAGUGUAUACGCACAACCUUGCUGCGAGCUGUCCCAGGCCUCGUGUCUGUGAAGAAAAGUGGAAGAGACCUGAGAGCCUUCAGUGAGUACUGGAAUCAGCAGCAGCAGCAGAGAGGGCGUGGUACAAAGAAAGCAUGA